AUGUAUGAUGCAGAGGACAUAUUUGAUCGUUGCUUGAUCGAAGGUGGAAGAUUAUUAGAAGCUCAGCCAUCUGCUUCUUCAGGAGGACACUCUUGGUUGAGGACUUUGAACUUCCGCAGAAACAUUUGUGAUGAAAUAAGAAGAGUUAAUGAUAGACUCAACGAAAUCAAUGAUGAUAAUAAUGUUGUACUGAGAGGAGUAGGAGGAAAUGAUGUUGGUGUUGAAACUAAAGCAGAAGUUGAAGGCAGACUUGAUCCUCUUCUUUCAGGAAGUUUGCUUCUUGUGCUGGAUGAUAUAUGGAGUGCAAACGUGUGGAGAGAGUUGCUCAGAAAUCCCAUUUUGAAGGGUUCAUGUAGGAGUGUUAUCUUAUUUACCACUAGGCAUGAAGUUGUGGCAAGAAAAAUGAGAGCAGAUUAUGUUCACCCUGCUGAGAAAAUAGACGAAGGCAGUGGUUGGGAAUUAAUUAGAAAGAUUGUUUUUGGAGAUGGGGAGGAUGCAAUAAUUUCUGAAUUGGAAGAAGUUGGUAUGGAAAUUGUCAGAAAAUGUGAUGGUCUUCCUCUGGCAAUCAAAGUGAUGGCUGGUGUUUUAUUUCACAAGGAAAGGACUAAGACGGAGUGGAAAAAAGUUGUUGAAAGUGAUUUAUGGUUUAGGAAAGAGAUCAAACUAUCCAAUGCUUUAUACUUGAGCUAUGAGGAUUUGCCCAAUCACCUCAAACAAUGCUUUCUUAGUUGUGCUUUCUACCACGGCAUAUCACAUCGAUCUGACAUAAUCAGACUGUGGGUGGCCGAAGGGUUUGUCAUUGAAGAAUUAGAUAGUUUGAUGGAAGUUACUGCAAAAGACUACUACAAAGAACUUAUUGCAAGAAACCUUUUGCAAAUUGACCAAAGAUUUGAAGAUGGUAGACUAUUUGUUAUGCAUGAUGUUUUGCGAACUUUUGGGGAAAAAUUGAUGGAAGAGGAAGGGAGUAUUAUUAGUGGUGAUCCAUACAGAAGUACAAAUUCUUUGACAACGAUAAAUUCUUCGACAAAGAUUCGUCGUUUGUCCAUCUCAAACCAAGUUAAUGUGUUAUCUCUUCCCAACAUGAUAAUAGAGCAAAAGUGUUUAAGAACCCUACACCUGGUUAAUUGCCCUCAAAUCAAACUGAUCGAGGAUCAUGUAUUUAAAAGGCUAAAGCGACUCAGAGUCGUGAAUUUGUGUGAUACAUCCAUAGACAGCCUCCCAGAUUCUCUUGUAAAAUUGUCUCAUCUAAAAUACUUGAAUCUUGAUGGAACAAAGAUUAGAAAGCUUCCUGAAUCCAUUAAGGAUCUGGCAAACCUGCAAACUUUGUGUCUCUCGGGGUGUAAAUCACUGCAUGAACUUCCAGAUGGCAUCACAAGGUUGAGCAAUUUGAGGUGCCUUCGAAUUUUGAAUACUCCACUCACCCAUGUUCCAAAGGGAGUUGGGAAGUUGAAAAAUCUCAACAAUCUUGCCGGAUGUUUUGUAGGCCAUCGUGACUCCAUGAGCAUGAUGGAAGGUGGUUGUGACUUGGACGAGUUGCAAUAUUUGUGCAACCUAAAUGAUCUGGUUAUUAGUAAAUUGGAAAGGGCAAGGACGACAAACUUUGUGCUUGAGAACAAAACAUUUCUUAGGAUACUGACUCUUGGAUGGACAAUGCACAAUAAUGAAAACAAUGAUGAGCAAAGCAGUGAGGCAGAGAGGAUAUGCAAACAACUCAGUCCUCCAGCGACCCUAGAAGGUCUCUCCAUCGACAAUUUCCCCGGUCGACAGUUUCCAGACUGGAUGGUGUCAACUUCAUUGGCUGACCUAACAUUUUUGGCUCUUGACAAAUUUCCAUCAUGUACGGCGCUGCCUCCAUUGGGCCAACUACCCAAUCUUAAAAUCCUACACACUGAAGGAGGAGAAGCAAUCAAGAGUAUUGGGCCUGAAUUCCUAGGUCGCAGAACGCCUGCAUUCCCAAAACUCGAGUAUCUUGCAUUCGAUAGCAUGCGUAAUUGGGAAGAAUGGGUAUUACGUGUGGCACAGGAUGUUGUGGCUCCUAUCGAGGAUGUUCAUGCAAGCAACCUCAAUUUGUUUCCUAAUUUGGAAAAAUGUUACUUCAUUGACUGCCCAAAGCUGAAAAAUAGCAUCCUUCCCCCAACGAGGCUUUUGCAAAUUAAUGGCUGUCCAAAUUUAGAAUAUAUGGAGAAAGUCGGCAUGCUGCAGUUGCGAAAAUUCGAAGUUGUUCUCCCCUCUGAAAUAAAACAGCUUUCACAGUGGAUAUCAAGCCUGAUUAAUAUGACUCUGCAAAGUUUGCAACUAUUUAACAUGCAAUGCAAUUCACUUGUACUAGAUAGUUGCCGUAAAGGGAAGCAAAAUUGGCACAUCAUUCAACACAUUCCAAAAGUUAUUAUUCAUAGCAUCGGUCUUGAAACACGCUUAUUGCGGAGUGAGGACGGAUACCAAUACCAAAUAAAAGAUGAGCUUGGAAGUAGUUUCAUCACCCCUUGUAAGUCCUUUGAUCAUUAA